UACCGACAACUUCGUAGGGUCUACAUAUACCUUUUUCCUUUUUUCAUUUUAUAUAAUAAGUCAGUACAAUUAUUCCUACACAAUUAUUUCGGUUAUUCGUUGUAACAUAAGUGAAUAAUCAACUACACUAUUUGUGUUAUUUAUUAUUGUGCAUUGACGGAUUACAUUUAUUUGUGCAGUGUUUUUUUAAUAAUUGUUGUCCUCCAUUAUUUGGAUUACCAGGAGGUCAACAAAUUUUUAAUUACUGACAGACAUUUUAUUUUAAAAAUAAGAAAAAAAAAACUAUUGCAAAAUGCUUGUCGAAGAAAUGCCGCGUAGUUUUGUGAAAAAGAACAAUAGUUACAGCCACUGUCCGUUGAAAAAACGGCCAGUCCAUGUGCUGUAUGAGGAAGUUCCCGAAUCUGUCAAAGACGAAAUCAUCGACGUAGUGACAGAUGACAUCCCAGAGCCAGAGAACUUGAGCACAAAACCAGAAGAUCUGAGUCUCACGGCUGAAAAAUUUCGACCACGUUCACUAUCACGGUCACCGUCACCCUGUGCCAAAGUACCCCGUCAAUCAAUCGACCAGUGUUCGCCACUACGUGUGUCAGCAAUCCAGUCUCUCCAACCCACAGCAAUUCACCAUCAGUUACACUACCCAUCAAAACCAAUAACUCCACCCGUUGGUAUCGCGCCAGUGAAUCAAAUCGUCAAGAAAGAACGAGUCGAAGUGAUCCAACACGACGGUGGUUCAUCAUCAUCAGCAUUGUCACCAAUAAAUUACUUGGCAACGAAAACACCAUUGGAACCAUUGAAUCUCAAUACACCAGUAGAACCAGUUGCUCAUUACGCGACACCAGCUUGGACUCGGGCUCCACUUUAUCCACCCCAUUACUUGCCAUACUCACCAGCUUACCGUUUUCCCCAGCAUCCGACUGGCGAACUCUACCCGUCAUAUCCUCUGGCAGGAUAUCAUCCACACUCGUCACCAGAGCAUGCAUCGCUUUCACCGCCACCUCAUUCAUCAUUGACAUGUCCGACAAUACAGAGACCGAUUCCCCGUAACUACUGGACGGCAUCAAGUCCAGAUCAUUGUACUCUAUCGCCAACAAGUACAAUGAGCUACGGUCCACUCAGAUCACCACCACCAGUGACACCCGAAGAUUUAUCAUCCCCUGGAAGUGACAGUGGUCGUUCAAGUGCCGGUUCAACAUCAGCCGGGUCAACAAUUCUGAUGAAAAUGGACUCGACAUCGCAAAAUAUCGUCGGAACACCAUCAGCAGCCUCAACAGUUUCCACAAAUUCCUCAUCGUCACCCCGAUACCAAUGUCCUGAUUGUGGCAAAUCGUAUUCUACUUACAGUGGACUAUCGAAACAUCAACAAUUUCAUUGUGCUGCUGCUGAAGGGCAAACUAAAAAAUCAUUCUCGUGUAAAUACUGCGAAAAAGUUUACGUCAGUCUUGGUGCGCUGAAAAUGCACAUAAGAACACACACGUUACCGUGCAAGUGUCAUCUGUGCGGAAAAGCAUUUUCACGUCCCUGGUUACUACAGGGUCAUAUUAGAACACAUACUGGUGAAAAACCAUUCAGUUGUCAACAUUGCAAUCGUGCAUUCGCUGACCGCAGUAAUUUACGCGCACAUUUACAAACGCACAGCGAUGUCAAAAAAUAUUCGUGUAGUUCGUGCAGUAAAACAUUCAGCAGAAUGUCACUUUUGACGAAACAUCAAGAAGGCGGCUGUCCUGGUAUCAAUGUACCUAUUGGUUACAAUUGUUAAUUUAACUCACACAUAUGUAUUAUAUGUACAUAUAUAUCGUCUUUCGUGCAUUCCACUUUUGUAAUAAGUAAUUUAAAAAUUAAUAUUUAUGAUAAUUAAUACAGAUUAUUAAUAUAUAUAAUAGACAUAUAUAUUUAUAUAUAUGUAGAGUAAGUGCCUUAAUUUUUGAGACGACAGACUGUUUUUGUGAGUACAAACAACAAUUGCGCGUGAACAAUUAUAAUAAUUAGGUUUUUUUUUCCAAGUUUUCUUUAUUUAUAUUUAUUCAUUUUUUUCGGGUUUUUAUUAAUUAUUAUUAUUACGAUUAUUUUUUAUGAUACUGAAAUCAGCCGUCUAAUAACUUUUGGAUGUUUUUAGAAACGAUAAAUUAAAAAAAAAAUAUUUUACAAAAAUGCACUUAUAGCAUUUUUAAU